UGUCUUCAACACGACUCUCCCAGCCAUUUCCUCAUCAUACAUCAUACAUGCAUGAAAUUGUCUAUUAGAGUUCACAGAAGCAGCUAUUGAACCCAAAUCUAGCAGUCAUUUCCCAAGUUCAUAGCAAGCUAAAUAUGAUUUCUUCUGAGAAUGAGUGCAUUGACGAGAUUAAGCACAAGCUUUUUUGCACCAAGCUUGAGCUGAUUAAAGAAAAAAUGGAAGCCAAUGCCAAGAUAAAGAAAUACGAGGAGACAGUUAAACACUUAUAUAAGCUAUUAAAGAAAGUUUGCCAAGAAAGAGAUGAUGCAAGAGACAAGCUUCAAUUGCUAACAAAGAAUUUCCAAGCACCUACCCCAGCUGAGACAAGCAAUACUAUUCCACAAAUCGAUCAUGCAAGCCUCCAAUACAAAACAAAGCCAUCAUUGAAUAGCACCAAGGUAUCAGAUUCUGGUUCCAACAAAGUAUUCUUAAAUCAUUCAUGUGAGUUAUCCUUGUCAAGUCUCCAGUCAAAUAAUGAGAAACGUUCCUCUAUGGACUUAUUAUCCCACACAAGAAUAUCUGAACCAAGAAACUUGACCUUACCAAAGAAACCAAACCAUAUAAAGGAAGACAUGGGGGCUUCAAGAGAUAAUAACAUGGUUGAUGAUGCUUCCCUAGUGAUCGAUAAACUGGUUUGUGGGAAACCCUUGCCUAAAAAGGGUAGGUUGUUGCAAACUGUAACAGAAGCUGGACCUUUGCUUCACACACUUCUAGUUGCUCCUGUUCCUAUGUGGAGAAACCCUCCUCCUUUAUCUUCUUCUGGUCUUUCACUCAAUGGUACUCAAGAUAAUAGCUCUUCUACCAACAUGGAUGAUAAAGCAAGUGUUAAUUAUCCAAAUGGGUUUAUUCCAACUUCUUUAAGCUUGGCUUUUCCUGGGAAUUCUCAUGAACCUUCUCAGAUGUCUUCUGCAUCCAAUUUUGGGUUAUCAGUGAAGAAUGAACCGGUGUCAUAUAUGGAUUCCAAUAGGAUGCAAAAUCAUGUAUUAACUGGGAAGAAGAGAAAGCUUUUGUGAGCAUCGCAGCUUUGUUUUGCAUCGUGGUCAGGCUUGCUUAUUUUUUGUAAUAAUUUAAAAAAUAUGUGAGAUGAUAAUAAUCAAAUAUUGUGUAAGUUAGUGUCUCUAGGUUACAGAUGCAGUGCUUUCUCAAACUUUUGCUAGAUAAAAUGAUGUGAUGUAGAUAGAAAGGAGGCUGUUGACUAAUUAGAAUAAUGACCAUGCCGAUGGUUACUUGGUUAGAAAUAAA